GGAGCGCCAGCGGCGGCAGCAGCGGCGGCGGCGGUGGCGGCAGCAGCAGCAGCGACACGUCCAGCACCGGCGAGGAGGAGAGGAUGCGGCGCCUCUUCCAGACGUGCGACGGCGACGGCGACGGAUACAUUAGCAGGUACUCGGGGAGAAAUGACUUGUUGAUGGUUUGUCGUCAACUGAAUAUGGAAGAGUCUGUGGCUGAGAUCAUGAACCAACUGGGCGCAGAUGAAAAUGGGAAGAUUUCCUUUCAGGAUUUUACAAGAUGCCGCAUGCAGCUCGUCCGAGAAAUUAGGAAGGAGGAAGUAGGCCUUUCUGAGAAGUCAGACAACUCCUGUAAAAAGAAGCACCUGAGGGAUAGAAUUGCCUCCUGGCCCACGAGCAGUGACAACAGUUUAGGUGCCCUAUCAGCAGCCAAGGAGAGCUGGGAAUACGACUCGGGUGCCAGGGAUCUCCAGAGCCCGGACUUGCAGAGUCAGUCGGCCCUACAGAAGCUUCUCGGGUACGGCGGAAGCUCUUUGCAUCAGCAGGCUGCUGCUCUCCACAAGCUGCUCACACAGUCGCCGCAUUUUGGCAACUCGGUAGGAGGAAGCUAUCUAGAGCUGGCCAACACGGAGAAGCUGGCACCUGUUAUCAUGAAGCCGUACACACACCUGGCCCAGGACUCAGAAGCUGAAGGAGAAGACCUGGUAGGAGAUGGAGUUGCUACAAGCCUGAUACACCAACUUCAUUUGGCAGCCCUGGCAUCACUCAAGGGAGAUAUAGUAGAGCUUAAUAAACGUCUGCAGCAAACAGAACGGGAACGGGACCUUCUGGAAAAGAAAUUGGCCAAGGCACAGUGUGAGCAGUCCCACCUCAUGAGAGAGCAUGAGGAUGUCCAGGAGCGAACGACGCUUCGGUACGAGGAGCGCAUCACAGAACUCCACAGCAUCAUUGCUGAGCUCAAUAAGAAGAUAGACCGUUUGCAAGGCACCACUAUCAGAGAGGAAGAUGAGUACUCAGAACUGCGAUCAGAACUCAGCCAGAGUCAACACGAGGUCAACGAGGACUCUCGAAGCAUGGACCAAGACCAGACCUCUGUCUCCAUCCCUGAAAACCAGUCCACCAUGGUCACUGCUGACAUGGAUAACUGCAGUGACCUGAACUCCGAGCUGCAGAGGGUGCUGACGGGGCUCGAGAAUGUCGUCUGCUGCAGGAAGAAGAGCAGCUGCAGCCUGUCGGUGGCCGAGGUGGACAGGCACAUCGAGCAGCUCACCACGGCCAGCGAGCACUGUGACUUGGCUAUUAAGACAGUCGAGGAAAUUGAGGGGGUACUCGGCCGGGACCUGUAUCCCAACCUGGCUGAAGAGCGGUCUCGUUGGGAGAAGGAGCUGGCUGGGCUGAGGGAAGAGAAUGAGAGCCUGACCGCCAUGCUGUGCAGCAAAGAGGAGGAGCUGAACAGGACCAAGGCCACCAUGAAUGCUAUCCGGGAGGAGCGGGACCGGCUCCGGAGGAGGGUUCGAGAGCUUCAAACUCGACUACAGAGCGUGCAGGCCACAGGGCCCUCCAGCCCUGGCCGCCUCACUUCCACCAACCGCCCAGUUAACCCCAGCACUGGAGAGCUGAGCACAAGCAGCAGCAGCAAUGACAUUCCCAUUGCCAAGAUUGCUGAGAGGGUGAAGCUAUCAAAGACCAGAUCCGAAUCUUCAUCGUCUGAUCGGCCAGUCCUGGGCUCAGAAAUCAGCAGCAUAGGGGUAUCCAGCAGUGUGGCGGAACACCUGGCCCACUCUCUUCAGGACUGCUCCAACAUCCAAGAGAUCUUCCAAACACUCUACUCACAUGGAUCUGCCAUCUCUGAGAGCAAAAUUAGAGAGUUUGAGGUGGAAACAGAACGGUUGAAUAGCCGUAUUGAACACCUCAAAUCCCAAAAUGACCUCCUGACCAUAACCCUGGAGGAAUGCAAAAGCAACGCCGAGAGGAUGAGCAUGCUGGUGGGGAAGUACGAGUCCAAUGCCACUGCGCUGAGGCUGGCCCUGCAGUACAGUGAGCAGUGCAUAGAAGCCUAUGAACUUCUCCUGGCACUGGCCGAGAGUGAGCAGAACCUCAUCCUGGGGCAGUUCCGGGCGGCUGGUGUGGGGUCCUCCCCUGGAGACCAGUCAGGGGAUGAAAACAUCACUCAGAUGCUCAAGCGAGCUCACGACUGCCGGAAGACGGCUGAGAACGCCGCCAAGGCCCUGCUCAUGAAGCUGGAUGGCAGCUGCGGGGGAGCCUUUGCUGUGGCCGGCUGCAGCGUGCAGCCCUGGGAGAGCCUCUCCUCCAACAGCCACACCAGCACCACCAGCUCCACAGCCAGUAGCUGUGAUACCGAGUUUACUAAAGAAGAUGAGCAGAGGCUGAAGGAUUAUAUCCAGCAGCUCAAAAAUGACAGGGCCGCAGUCAAGCUGACCAUGCUGGAGCUGGAGAGCAUCCACAUCGAUCCUCUCAGCUACGACGUCAAGCCCCGGGGAGACAGCCAGCGGCUCGAUCUUGAAAACGCUGUGCUGAUGCAAGAGCUGAUGGCCAUGAAGGAGGAGAUGGCCGAGCUGAAGGCCCAGCUCUACCUCCUGGAGAAAGAGAAGAAGGCCCUGGAGCUGAAGCUGAGCACGCGGGAGGCCCAGGAGCAGGCCUACCUGGUGCACAUCGAGCACCUGAAGUCCGAGGUGGAGGAGCAGAAGGAGCAGCGCAUGCGGUCCCUCAGCUCCACCAGCAGCGGCGGCAAAGACAAGUCGGGCAAGGAGUGUGCAGACGCUGCCUCCCCAGCUCUGUCCCUGGCUGAACUGAGGACCACGUGCAGUGACAGUGAGCUGGCUGCGGAGUUCGCCAAUGCCAUCCGUCGAGAAAAGAAGUUAAAGGCCAGAGUUCAAGAGUUGGUGAGUGCCUUGGAAAGACUCACCAAGAGCAGUGAAAUCCGACACCAACAAUCAGCCGAGUUUGUUAAUGAUCUAAAGCGAGCGAACAGCAACCUGGUGGCUGCCUAUGAGAAAGCAAAGAAGAAGCAUCAGAACAAACUGAAGAAGCUGGAGUCUCAGAUGAUGGCCAUGGUGGAGAGACACGAGACCCAAGUGAGGAUGCUCAAGCAAAGAAUAGCUCUGCUGGAGGAGGAGAACUCAAGGCCGCAUACCAAUGAAACUUCACUUUAAUCGGCACUUGAGCACCAAAGUUCUGCCUAUGGAAGCUAAACUAUAGCAGGUCACCGAGGAGAGAAGGGCUCCAGGGGACAGAGUACCUGUUGGGAGAGUGAGAAAAGGGAAGAUUGGCAGGUAGAUGAGCACUUGGACACUGGAGUGCCAUGAACUCAGCCCCAGAGGCGAGUGGCCCUGGUGACACAGUGUAGACUGUAUCCAGAGGACCCUGUUCCUCCCCUCCUGGGCCACAGGCAGUGUGGAAAUACUCGCUCAUGUGCCGUGCUCAGCAGGCCUUGCUUCUGCUUUCAGCACUGGCUUUGUCGCUCUCCCACCUGUUCUGUUCUGGAGGUUGUGCACCAGUGGUAUCCCAGACAUUUGUUUUGUAAGAUUGUCCAGUCUUCUCUCUUAUCUUUGACAUCCCCAAUUUCUCCUCUUUCCUUCUCUUUCAGAGGAAAACAGGGGUGUGUAUGUCUUCAGCAUCUAGAAGAACUGAUUUGCUUAUUGCAACAGGCUUUGAUUUUCAUGUCCCACGUAUCAACUCUAAGAUAGAGGCCAUCACUCAGAGGUGUUCUGGGAGGUGGCUUACAGGAUGGUACACAGGUGUUCCUUACAGUCCCAGAUAGAGUGAAGUUACAGGUAGAGAAACCCCAGGGCUGCUCCUGAACAAUUCUGUAUGGGAGAAUGAAAACUUCCUUCACCUCUCAAUGUGGAGGCAGGGCUGGGAAGGGAGCUCUCUUUUGACUCUGGAAUCUCCCCUUCCCAGUGGAGCCUUACUAACAGUCAAGAAUAAUUGCUGAGAGAAUCCUGUUGAUAUGUGUAGUGGAACUAAAAUUUUAUCAGGAGUUUUCUCAAGAGCAGAGGAGCAUAAUUAGUACUUUUCCCCCACCCGAGGGCACUACGUAAUUGCUGUUCUGCAUGAAUCAGAGUACAUAUGUAGCUCUGGACCUGCCUUUGUUUCUCUAAGGGCAAGAGGCAGGACACUGAGUAGAUACUGAAUGUUUCGCAGGCUGAUUCCACCUAUUUAAGAAAUUGCUACUGAACCGCCAGUUCAAGACUUCGCUCCUGCUGUCAGGAAGGGCACAGGGUGAGGGAAUGGGUGUUGAGGCCUCUUUUAUCCCCCCCACCCCAAGACAUGGUGAUGAUUAGCAUAUGGUGCUUAAACAGGUUAAAUUUCAAGCAAAAUGCUGACAGGGCUGGGCAGGACUAAAGUACCUGAAUUCUUUCAGGAAGCUCUUUCACCUUAAAUUCGUUAUUCCUCUUCUACUGUAACCUUUUAACCUUUACCAUAAGCAUCACUGUUUCGCUUUGUCUUUCAAGUCUUCUGUAGCUGCCCUACACUGACACAUUUUAAAGGACCACUUGCCAUUUAUUGUGUAGCACCUGAAAAUCCACCCAAAGUCCCCUAUGAGAAAUGGGUCCCAAUGCCACAGUUCACAAAGUUUUGCUUAUGUCCAGGUCACUGCAUUAACCACAUCCAUGAGCUAAAAGUUCUGUCUUCAGAGAGCAUGAUAUGAGUUCCUCAGCCUUCUGCCCAAUGGGGAAGGACACUCCAGCCACCACCAUGGAGAACAAAGCAGUUCUAGCCCAAAAGCAACCACCCUUCUUCUCAUGCCAGCAGUGACGGCUGCCCCAUCUUCAAAAGAAAUCAACUGGUAGCAUUCUGGAAGGACCAGCUUUUGGGUGCUUUGAUCACUGUGAAUGUAGCCACUGGCUUCUGUUUCUGUUAUGAAUCAUUUUAUCAAAGUUGGUUCUUGUGAUUUUUUUUUAAUCAAUUUUUAUUCUUUGGAUAGUUUCAUUUUGUCACAAGGAAAAUGUUUUGGCUGAAAAGUAUGUGCAACAAAAGGUUUAGUAGACAAAAAUCAUUGUUUUCUCCAUUUUUCCAGGCUGCCUAGGGAAAUGUCCUUCCCCAAGCAAACCAGGAUGUGCAAGGUGGGAAACCAUUCAUGGCUUUCUCUUCUGUGACUGAUCAGGCAUCAAAACAGGCAGUUUUCAUUUUUACCAACACUGAGAAGUAUGGCUGAUGCAGGUAUAAAAUCUUGUCUGCUGACUUCUCUCUACCAUUCUUGCUCCAAGUUAAAACAGAGAACCCACCCUUUUAGGAUCAGGUAACUCCCUCACACCUGGGAAGUCUCCGCUCCUCCAUUACUCAUCCUACCUAGCCUCAUUUUGAGUUUAUUAUUUCAACAUAAUACUUUUAAAUAUGUGGUGACUGGGUGAAAACUAUUUCCCCAGCGAAACUGUUACCUUUAUGUAUGUGCAGAACAAAAAAGCUAUUAAGUAGUCAAUUUCCUUUCCUUGUAUUUUUCAAAUAUACUCCCUGAGAUACAAUCGUUGUUGAAGGUGAACCAGCAGGCACUUGGUUAUGCUAAUUGUGGGGCCUCCUAAAACUGCAUUGAUUAAAUAAAUGAUUGCAGGUGCCUGGAUCACUUUCCUUUUUUAUCACCUGAAUCUAUCUUUCUAAAUAGGAGCUGGUUUAUAUUAACAUCUCCAUCGGGGUAAACAAUGAUCUUGAGUCUAACUUGUAUGAGGUUAAAAACCUUUCAGAAUUUCCUAUUUUUGUUUUCUUCCAAUUUCCUCAGUGGUUAUCUCUGUUGGGCAGUCACGUUCUCUGUUCAGAGUUCAGUCUUUGACUCUUAGAGACAUGGGCAUGGCAAGAAAGGAUCCAUUUCACAGUUCCCUCGGAGUAUAUUUCCCAGAGCUGAAUUGAGGCAAAAAUCACAGGCAAGAGACUUCUGUCUGUAGCUGCAGUGCCAUCAAAGUGUGGGCCUACCACCUGGAUCUGAUGUUCUGUCAAAACCCCAUGUGCACCAGCUACCCAAACUACCAUGGACUUGUAGGCCAUAAGGUUCCUCUUUGAGACCUACACCCAAAGUUAUUUAUGAUUAAGCACCUUCUGUGAUCAGACAGCUGAGAUUUAUCAUGCCCUCCCUCUCUCUCAUGCUCUUGCCCUAGAGAGAUAGAUACUAGAUGGUUCAUCAUUGCCAAUGCACAUAAUCAACUGUUUCAUAUUCACACUCAACUGCUGGCAUGUCAGGUUUCUGAAGUUAAUAUCCAUGGUGCCUGAAACUGGAAUGUUAGGUUAAUAAAAAAUUAAGUGCCAGUUAAACAUAACUGCUUAAUUCUCCUUUGAGAUACAUGCACUUCUUACUAAGUCUUCCUCUGAGCCUGCAGCAAUACUUUAUAGGGACCUCAGAGAAGUCUAAAUUAGAGCCUUGACAUUCCACUACUCCAGAAAGGCAGUCCCAAUUAGAGCCUAUAUAAGGCUUUUUCUUAAAAACUGUUAGGAUGAGGCUAAUAAGGAUUUUACUUCUCUAAGAAAAACUUUAUUUGAAAGUCUCCUAGUUCCUAGCUGCAUAGUGAUUACAUUAUUUUAAGUGAAAAAAUGCCCCAGUUAUCUGACCUGCGCUGGACUGCCUAAGAACCUCCAUAGUUGCCUGUUCCCUUCUGAAGGUGUCUCCUAUGGCCCACAAAAAUUAUCCUGCAAUUAUUUUUUAAUUCUAUCAAUUAUCUUAACACAGCUCUUGAGAGUUUGGGGUAUGAUGCCCAUGUUUUAAGUGAAGUGAUGAGAAACACAUCAAGACCACAGAAAACACCCAAACUUUUAUUAAUGACUUCUGAAAGUCAUAAGGCUCCAAUAAAGCUUUAAGCCAGUUGCAAAUGCAUAACUGGGAGUGUCUCUCACCCAUGAAACUAUUUAAAGCAAAAAGAUCAUGUUCACUAAGUUUACAGCUGCACCUAUUUCUAGAUGGAACAAACACAGCUAUAGUUAGAAAGUUUAGAGGCCAAAAGGGGGAAGAAUUCUCUGAUUGAAAUUUCUGCAUUAAAUUUAAUUAGGAUGCAGGACUAGGUUGCCAAGGGUUUUUGGGGGGCAGGGGGGAAACAUAAGUAACAUUUGUUUUUUCUGCAGUAAGUGACAGCUUUGCAGAACGCUAUAAAAAUUUCUGAAAAAAAAAUCACACAGCAGUUAUUUUUCUGUUUAUCCAGUAGAGUGGCCUAUUUGACAAGAAAUGAUACACUCACCACCUUUCACUGAGGCUUACAAACUCCCUAGUGCUCACAAGCUAGGCACUACUUUGGAGGAGAGGCAUAACUUGUGAUAAAACAAAAAUUAAGUCUUUGCUGCACACACAGUUCUUAAAGUUUAUCCAAAUCCUAUUCUAGGUACUGAAACCUUGGGUUUGUAUAGGCCAAGCUGACAUUAGCUCUGAACCUAUGGCAUUCUGAAGUUCCUCCUGUUUCACACAUUUGAAAUUACUUCCUAACUACAUUUGUAUUCACUAAUAGAUGCCUUAGGCUGCCAAUCACUAAUUUUUUAGAACUGGAAUCAGAAUUAUCAAUUAAUGGAAUGCUGGCUGCUGCCACAACAGCAUCACUGAGCACCAGUGGCUGUUACAAUAUAAACAAGUGAAAGAGUACAGGUUGAAUACCAGCCGUUUGUGCAUUGUUGUUUUGCUAAUACCUCUGUAGAGAAAGUUUGUUUCACAUACAACAAUUAUGUUUUUGAUUGAGAGUCAUGUUGGAUAAAUUCUCCAACACAUUGCAUCUGAGAGAGAUUUUAUACAUGACCAAGAUAAGAAAUCAUUGUCGCAGGAACAGCAACUCCUAUUGGAUAACCAUAUCCUUGACUAGUAGUACUUGAUUUUUCCAUAGUCAAGGCGGCUACAAAUCACUCAUCCACUGAUCAUAUGAAAUGUCAGCUGAGCAGAACAGAGCAAGCUAUAUACAAAAUCCCUCCACAUUCACACUGAUGACCUGCUUAGUUAGUUGCUCUUGCUCUUCCAUUCACUUGUGUGCUUUUUGCAAAUCAAAUCCAUGUGGAAGAUGUUCUGUUUGUACAACUCAUAGUAUUAGAGUGCUCAUUGCAGGACCGCCAAGUGAAUGAGAGCCCCUAAUAAUCUGCUUUUGUUUGACCCUAAUGCAAAGAUAAUGAAACAUGUUCACUUCUUUUCUAUUUCUAAUCAGUUUUUAGACAUAGUGUCAAAUUAUUUACUUUGCAUGAGAUUUAAGUUUCCUAUUAUUUGAAAACGUGCUUUUAAACCACUUGAUUAGAAAAAUCUGCUUGAAUGUACUGUCAGUUAUUAAAGCACAUGUGACUAAGUUUGCAUCUGUCAGUAUUGUUCUACUGUUUGUAUUGAAAGUCUCAUUUUAAAGUUGCCCUUUAACACUGUACUAUACCUUGUAAUUUUUUAGAUUCUUCACUUGUAUGCUUUAAAUGUUUCCAGAUGCCUUUAGUUUUAGCUGCUGUAAAAUAGCUACUUUGUGUUAUUUGAUAUAGAAUUGUUUAAAAAAAACUCCAUUUAUUUAUACAGAGACAUUUAUAAUAUUUUACAAACAUUCUUAUAUUCUGAAUAAAUAUUUCUAAUUCCAUAAUGUACUUUAACUGUGUUCAUUAAAGGGUAAGGCUGUCCUUCUGCAAUACUAUUUGUCUAACAUCAAACCUGUGAUGCUUCACAUUAAAUCAUCGGCCCUAGUCAAAGCAGAGGGCGAGAAGACAGACUCUGUUAGGUCAAAACAGCCAACAGCCAAAGAAACCUCAUUUAUCACCAAUUUCUAUUUGGCUGCCUUUUCAAAAUCAGUGAAACAGGGAAUAAGAUCAAGAAGUGGAACUGCAAGGAAGUCAUACACGACUACAUAAAAGAACGGCAAGCAGCUGUGCAACGUCUGUUAGAAGAAUAUUCCUGCAAUGUUGUCAGUUCUCACUAUCAAAGCAGAGUACCUUUGACAGUAAGAGUAUAUCACAUCUUGGUGACUCUCUUAAAUAAAAAUUACUAUUAUAUAGCUGAGGUCGCUAGUGGAAAAGAAUCUAUUUCUUUCUCCCCUGAGAUCAAAGACUGUCAAGCAUUCUGUUUGGGAAAAAAUGGUACUAGUACAAAUUUAAGAAUUGUUGGAUUUUAUGUAUCUAACUCACUCACUCUGUAAUCUUACUUUAAAGCAACAACCAAAUUGUUAAUUAUUUGAGAUGGCAAACAUAUACCAAUUCUUUAUUUUCACUUUCACAGAGACACUCUACCUGUUACUAUUUCUUCCUAUCAUAUAAACAUACCUUAUCUCAUACCUUUUUUUUUUUUUUGAGGAAGAUUCACCAUGAGCUAACAUCUGCCGCCAAUCUUCCUC